CACAAGUGUGUGCGUGCGUCAGCGGCGGAUAAGAGAGGUGAAGCAUCGCAGGAGGUGUCAGGCUCACCAUGCCCGGCUGCCAGCUGCUCUGUCUCUGCGCCUCAGACCCGGAGAACAUCCGUCUCUCAUGUUUGAGCUCAGAGUGUCAGUAAGCGGACCAUGCGGCUGUUCACUGUCUCAACUUUGCUCCUGUUCUUCUGCAGCUCAGGGCUGGCUCUGCAGAUUCAGUGCUACCAGUGUGAGGAGAUGACACACGACUGCUCCACACCAGAGUUCAUCGUCAACUGCACAGUGAACGUGCAGGACAUGUGCCAGAAGGAGGUUCUGGUGAAGGAUGAUGGGAUACACUACCGCAAGUCCUGCGCCUCGUCAGGAGCCUGUCUCAUCGCUUCUUCUGGCUACCAGCAGUUCUGCACCGGCAAACUCAACUCGGUGUGCAUCACCUGCUGUAACACACCACUGUGUAAUGGACCACGCCAGAAGAAACGACCCCAACCGUCGGCUGCCAUUACUCUGACCACGCCGCAGCUCCCCUCCCUGUUUUCUCUCUACAUCCUCCUCCUACUGUCCUCCACCCUGUGCUGACAGACCUUCACACUGAGUUACGAUGUGUAUUGAAACUACUGACAGUGGAGACAACAUGAACUGGAACUGUAAUAACUGAGACAGUGACGAAUUCAUAAAUGUAUUAUUCUUUAAGGCGUGUGAAAGCUUUGUACAAUAUUUGUUCUCUUGACUCCCUGGCUUUCUGUCGCAGCUUGCCUUCAAACCCCCCCCCCACACACACACACCACUGGGAACAUCUUAUCGUCACAUGUGUCAUGUCACAAACAUGAUCAUGAUGCAGCUUCAAGGGGAGCUGGGAAAGGUGAGGUGGAGGACAGUGCCGUGGAUGAAACAGCUUCUGGCUAUUUCGUUGGGCAGCAGGUGGCUCGCUCUCAUCUGUCUUAUUUACUCACACUACAAGGUCAAAAUGAGACAGGAAAGAUAGUAAGUUCAGAUCCAUCAUUUAUUUUUUGAGCCCAAGCUCUCCAGAAUAAAUAACUCUGGUUUAUUCUAAAUCAAUACUGUUACCUGGAACAAUCAUUUUGCUGUAUUUCUGAACUGAAAAAGACAAUGUUAUUGACAAUGGUAUUGUUAAAAGGAGUCUGGGGAGAAAAGUGCAGUCAGGAAAAAAGGUAUUGGAUCAAGAAAGAUAUAUGUGCCACUGAUAAUAUUAAAGACAGCUAUACAGCCCUAAAGCCUUUCACAGGUACAAUAUCAUUGUAUCACAGGGACAGCCAAUGACACACAGUGGAAGCCAUUAAAAAGUUAAGCUUUUAUCCUGAAACUUUCCUCCACUAUUUCUAUAAUUGCUGUCUGCUCACAAAAAAAAGUAGAGCAUGUUGAAAUACACAAACCUGUUUCAGACUAACCGAUCUUCAUUGUAUCUCUGAUGACUAAAGUUAGCAUUGAGGUGGAACAGCAGCAGUGCAGCGUGUGGACUGCGCCAACGAGUUUCACCAACAGUCACUGUAGAAAGAGACUUUAUGGCUCUGAAAGCAGUUCUAAAGUUAUCCUUUGAGUAAUGCUACUUACCUAUGAUCAGGGAGUAUGUUGUAUGGUAUAGCAUCGGUAUGCGUAUGUUGACAGAGAUUAUAUCAGAGCAAAAUAUAUUAUGACAAAGUAAUGUGAGGAGCUAAACUUUCAAGAAGUUGGUGAUGUCUAUAAAAAUGUGAUAUUCAGUUGCUUUAAGAGUUCUUAGUUUGGAGGUUUGACCUGAAUCUUAAAAAUUCCCUGUGGAGUUUACUUACAGAAAUGUUAAACGUCUGAGUUAUUCACAAAACAGCAUUGUAGGUGCCCUUGAAGUCUAACAUACAGAUUGAAUUAUUUUUUUCUUCCUUAUAAAACUUUUGCAAAAGAUUUUGUUUUUUAGAUUUUGGGACCCGCAUUGCUUACAUCCAUGUUUACACCAGCUAGCAGUCCUCUUCUCCCCUAUCUUUGCUCAUGCAUUGCUAAGCUUUUUGUGGCUUUAGUGCCACCUGCUGUCAGUGAGUGGAACAGCAUGAAGCCGAGAGACGCCAUAUAGCUUGUAUGUCAGGGAUAAAUAUUAGCAGAACUGAAUACCUACUAUACGUUUAAGUGACAGCGCCCUCUAGCAGCUGUAAUGAGUAAACAAGGAAGUCUGGGUACGUUUUGACGUACAAAACAUCUGACUGACUGAGAUCGACUGUUGUUCCCCAUUUUAAGAAAUGUUGGUUUCUUUCAACCAUGAUCGUGAUCAUUUCUAACCUUAACUACAUGUUUAUUACUGUAACCACGUCGAAAAAGAUCCACAAUGUACCCCAACCUUAACAGAGUGUUUAUUUUUAAUCAAAAACAUGAUAUUUUCUGUCUAAACCAACCAAACCGUAACCAUAGUGCUGUCACAUCAUGAAACUGAUUUAUUUUUAUAACAGUGAUUUGGAACAGUUUUGAAAGGCGCUGACAAAUGAUGGGAUGUGUCAGAAAAGAAAAUGCGUCUAUGUGUCAUUACAUAGACCACAGGGCAUGAACAACCGAUGUCUGAUUUAGAGAACUUAUUCAUUAUUCAGUCAUAUUGUCCCUCAGUCAAGUGUCUAACACACGAACUCUCCGACAACAAGAGGCAGCACACGACUAAUACUUUAUUUGAUAUGUCAGUUAACAUCAACCUCUUGUACAUGGGAACAUUUACGUCAUCUGGAAAUCUGAUUAGUUAUUCACUCGAGGCACAGAUAAAGACAGAAGAUCUGAAACUACAAAGUUAUUUGAGGGCGUUUGUGAUGCUUAUACAGUUACCAUUCCUUUUUGUAAUUAAUGUCCUUUUGGGCCAGUGCAUGUCAAAUGACCUGUUGUUCCAACUGAGGCCGCCACUCCAAAAUCGCCUUCCGGCUCAGUGCUGUUGUACUACACAUAUGCCGUUCUGCCCUCUGCAGAACUAAAGCACAAGAAGUAGAUUAAAACAGUGCUCCGUAGCACUGCUAGUGGUCAAAUACUCCACUGGGUACCUUUAACUUUAACUCAAGCUGUGGGGUCUUCAUGCUUAACUGAACAUUUGAGCUUUGUGUAAUAAUUUUCUGACUUGACAAUUCAUAUUCCAUUAAAUGUCUCUUUUGGGGAGUCCCAUCAAACUUGCUAUUGUGCCAAAUUUUCAGCUGAGCUUGAUCUGUCAGUGAAAUUUCUGACCUACUUUGUACUGUGUUUUCUGUGUAUAAGGAAUAUCUCUGUAUUUGUUUCUGAUGGCACAGCACAAGCAUCCUUGGUAUGUUUUCACUGUGUUGCAUUAAAUUGUACAGCACAUUAUACUUCA